GCUCGUGUGCAGACGUCUCGCACAGCUGGCAAAAUCGAGUGAAUAAUCAACUGCCUGCGGGAACAGGUGAAAACCUGUGAAAAUUAAUCACAUUCUCGAUUAGCUAUCACCCCGGAGUCCAUUGACUGGUGAGGCAGCUUUAAGCCAGAAUGCUGGCCACACAGUUCAAGAGCCAGCGAUGACAUUUUGUUGGCUGUCCUACACUCCAAGUCGCGAAAAUAUAUGCACACGCCAGUAUACAUACAGAUACAGACGGAGCGAAGGCAAAUCUGCUUUUAGGUCACACAAAAGGCUCUCCCAGCAGCAGCAUUAAAGCAAAAGCAACAACCAACAGCAACAGAAACAUUGACUUCGACGGGAGCAGCCAAGGAAUUCCAAGAAACGAGCCACCAAAGCCAAAACUGAUGACCACCGUUUUGGGCCAAAGGAAUUGAGGAGGAGUCAUCGCGAUGCCAUCCCGUCGCUCCGGUGGCGGAGGCACCACCAAGCGGAAGCACUCGCUGGGCAACCUGCGGCGGGCACAUCCCGCAUCGGGGGCCACGUGGAACGUGCAGGUGGUGCGGGGCAAGAUGUCCUCGAAGUGCCUGUGGCACGCCUGCCGAGCCCUGAUCCUGGGACUCACGCUGAUGCUCCUGGGCGCGGGCAUGGCCACCCUGGGCUACUAUGCGGAUCACCUGUCGAUGGGAUCGGAGUUGCGAGGCAAUGUCACCGUUCGGGUGAAGAACGACCUAAAGGGCUUCCACCUGAACAACUUCGCGUACGUGGGCCCCAUUGUCAUGGGCUUCGGCGGCUUCAUCGUGGUGGCCUCCUGCGUGAUGACCUUCGAGGCGCGCGACUCCGCCGCCAAGGUCGUUCCAGCCCGAUUGAGGGCCGGCGGAGGCGGCAGCACCAAGAAUCCCUCGAGGAGCAACCAAGGCAGCUCCGCUUCACAGCGACGCGGGAUGGGUGCCCAGUACCAGUCAAGUCGUUGGGAUCAGCACUUCGGGGUGUUCCGCUCCUCGCCGGGGGAUCCCCACCAGCAGCCGCAGAGCGCCCUCAUUUCGGCCACGCAUCCGCAUCCGCAUGCACAUCCGCACAUCCAGCAGCAGCAGCAGCCGUUCGACCGCGAGGCCCUCACCGCCGAACUGGUGAAGUUCUCCAGGUCACUCAGUGCAUCCAAUCGCUUUUAUCCCCGGUGGCGCCGCCUUUCGGGGGCUGGCUCCGCUCCGGAUUUGUCCGGAUCCGGAUCUCAUGUUCAUGCCAACACCACCACCACCACCACCACCGACUCCACCACCAACACCACAAACCACUGCACCACUACUAAUUACUGCAAUUUGCUCUCACUGAACCGCUUGUCGCCGCUGGAAUGGGAAUUGCAUUGCUCGCACCGCCGGCAUCGUCGUCACCACCAUCGCCACUCGAACCACUCGCACCACACGAAUCACCACUCGAAUCACCACCAAAAAUCCUCAAGCAGCAGUGUGCGACGAGUGCGUCAAGUGCGUCCCGGUUCGGGAUCGAAUUCCAAUCCCUCGGGAGGAGGAGGAGGAGGAGCAGGAGGAGCUGGCUCCUCGUCGUCGGCCCGCAUCAUUAGCAACUCCUCCAGCCUCAUCCAGAGGGCCACCAGAGAGUGCUCCCUGCUCCAGCCGCCGGCCGCGAGUCGCGUCUACUGGCAGGCCUCCUCCUUCGACGGGGGCAGCCAUCCGCCGCCCGGAUCGGGCAUCAGUUCCGGGGCGGAGAGGCGCAGUGAGCGGAACAAGCGAUCGGACACCGCCAAGAGGCAUGUCCUCGCUCGCCAGAGACCCAUCGAACAGGAGGAGGCUCGCGAUCACAGUCGAAGUCCUCUGGGACACAGGAGAAACUCGACCAUGUCGGACUCCUCGUAUAGCGGCCGCUGGACGGCUCGCUGUGCGUCCAUCGCCAGUCGAACAUCUAGUAUCGAAUCCCGGCGUGUCCAAGUGGAUCUCCAUAGUCCCGAGGUGAUGCCGAAAUCGAUACUGCGAUCGCCCAAGCGAUACAGUUCCGGGCCCUCAGCCACGCCCUCCGUGGAGAAAGAGUUUCGUAGCCAGUUGUCUGUGUGCUCGGAGCCACCGCCGCCGGUGCGUCAGUUGUCGGGUCAGUCCAGCAUGGAGCCGGCUGUGCCCGAGGAGAGUCUGGACCAGUCUGAGGAGCAGGAGACGACGACCUCGCAGCCCAAGACGUCCUACGAGGAGAUCACCGAGCUGCAGCACCACACGAGCACUUUGCCGCCGAAGAAGGUGCGUCCUGGUUUCCUACCCCUCGCCCGCAGCGAGCAGGACGAACAGGAUCAGAGGCCGGUGGCGGCGCCGCUCUACAGGAGCAACAGUUCCAGGCAGUUCUACAGACCCAAGAAGGAGGUGCCCAACGAGCGGGAUGACUCCGUGUUCUACAUACGAUCCAUGGAGCGGGGAUUGGCCGGCAAUGGUGGCAGUGCCAGUGCGGAUGAGCAGAUGUACGACUCCCUGAGGGUGAUUAACGAGAGGAGGACCACUCUGCUGAAGGCCGACUCACAGAGCUCGCUGGGAUCGGCGGAACGAAAGCUGAGCAGCUUUUCCCUCAAAAUGCCCGAGAUUACGGAGCGUGAGAACUCGAUUGAGAUCGAAAUGGAUGCGGACGAACCGCCGUUACGUGCUCCUCCUCCACCGCCACCUCCGAUUCCGCCUUCUUCGCCACCGCCUCCUCCAUCGACAGCCAAAAUCCUGAACGAGGAUUCCUAGGAUCCAACGAGUUGAAACUUCACUUCAUAGCGUUUAACCAGCAGCCAUCGACAAUUACUUUAGCAACUUGAUUGAUGUUUGUAUAUGUAUUUUUGUGCGUGUGCGUGUCGUUUAUUUUUAUAACCCCUAGAUCGUACCUAGAUAAGUGUUAUAUAUAUACUACAUAUAUUACAUAAACCAGCAAUAAUAUCUGUGUUGCCUCGGGCCUAAGCAAUGAGCUAAAGAAUCUUCAACGAUGUCUAUUAACUUGAAUUACUGAUGUUACUGUACAAAUAACUGCAGUUGCGAUGCGAUAGAAUGUUAUUUUACUGAAUUUUCUAUUGUAUUGCGCUAUAAUUCCCAACUGGUUAAGCAGCAAAAAAAAUGUAUUUUUGAAGUUAUACAGUGUUACUUUUCUAUACAGUUUUUUUUUAAAAAUUUUUAUUAAGUUUUCUAAACUAAUGUUUUAUUAUUUAUAUGAUAUUUAUUACGGUUUAUUAUAAUUUUUAAAGUUAUUUCAUUUAAGAAUGAUUUCCAAUCGUUUCGAUCGCAGCUGUGAGCACUAGUCUUCCUAUUGUUAGAAUAUGAGAUAUAUCACGUUAUUACUGGGCCUAUAACUUGGGCCAAUAAGUUCUUAUGGGUGUAUCGUUGUUAUCAAUACUAUUUAUCGGUUACUGUUAAUGCUAUUCUCAAAGAGGAAACGUAGUCACAACGAUCUAAGUACGAGGGCGAGAGGACAAAUAAAAGCCAUACUUGUGCAUACCCUGUAAAAAGUACAAUCAGCUUAUAGUAAAGACUGAUUAGGCAACUUGAUUUACUGAAUUGGUCAACAGCGAAAAUGGAAAAUAUGUCAAUGAAAAGCAAUCGGAACACAGAUUAAGUUCGAUACACAUAAUUAGUUUUACGCUCUCAGUGUUAAUCCCCACAUUAAAAGGUACCUAUACGAUUAUAUAUCUGAGUGUUUAUUUGUAAGCCAAGCAAUUACAUCGUUUCUUGUUCCAUAAGUGUUGAUAAUCCCACAUAAGCCCACAAAUCAAAACGAUGGAGAUAGUUUAAAUGGCAAGCCGAAAUCGAAACCCUGUUGAUGUGCAGCGAAUUUUGUAAUAAUGUUCAUUGCAUGAUUAAUAUUGCAUAAAUAAAAUCAAACAAUGUGUGUCUAAA